ACUCUCGGACAACAACAUUAUAGCCGCACGCGCGCAAAAUCUCAGCGUCUGUUCCUUUUAUCCGCGCGCAGUGACGCCUCCUCGCUGUCAUGUAGGGCUUCGUGUGAACGCUUUACCGUUGACCGAUGGGACACAAACAGAGGGUCACUCAGUGCGAGGACGCAACGUGAAGAGGAUCCGCUGUGUUUACAAGAAACGAAUCAUUUUGGAAACAAGAUCAAAAUUGUGGCAGUACUUUUGGAAAAGUUCAGUUCCAGCCGCAGGGAGCAGGUCGAGACGCUUAUCCUAUCUGGAAACACUGACUGGGUGUCGGGCGUGAUUGGUGUCGGGCUAAAAUAAAGCGUUUUACACCUGCCUUCCAGGACCUUAAGUAGUCAAACUCAACAGAAGAUUGUUUACCGAGGAUUAAGUGCCCACCCGAAUACCCCGAAACACAAGGAUAUGUCGCUUAUAUUAAUAAUAACUCCUCUGGAAGUGGGUGAAAAUGAAGCAGCGAUUCAAAUGCGCGCAUAAUUCGCCCUGCUGAUUUCCAGUUGUAAAUGCUGCACUGACCAUCUUCGGGGUGUAAAUCGAGCAGAGGUCUGACACCCCGGAGCAGAGCAUCCGGACAGCUGCAUCUGGAGCACGAGAGCGCUGUGCUGUUUGAAGGUUUCUGCAGAAAAACACACUGGAGCAAUGAGUCGCAUCCUCCAUCCACAGGUGUUGACCAUCUGGAUUACACUAAUCUCCAGGGCAACAGCUGACCUGACCUGCGAUGCUCUGCUACUGCUCUCCACCAAUCUCACAGCUCGCACUUUAAUCCUGUGGAACCAGACAUCUAGCCCCGCCACUAACUCUACAGGUUUAUUCUGUAACACUUCCAUUGAUGGCAUUGGGACAUGCUGGCCCAGGAGCAGUGCUGGAGAGGUGGUGUCUCGGCCCUGUCCCGAAUCCUUCCUUGGGGUCCGAUACAACACCACCAAUAAUGUGUACAGAGAAUGUCUCGCCAAUGGCACCUGGGCCAAGAAGGGGAACUACUCUCAAUGCCAGGAAAUUCUCAAUGAGGAGAAAAAGAGCAAGCUGCAUUACCACAUAGCAGUCAUCAUCAACUACCUGGGCCACUGCAUCUCUCUGGGAGCCCUGCUGGUCGCAUUCAUCCUCUUCAUGAGACUCAGGAGUAUCCGGUGUCUGAGAAAUAUCAUCCACUGGAACCUGAUUACAGCAUUUAUCCUGCGAAAUGCCACCUGGUUCGUGGUUCAGCUCACCAUGAACCCAGAGGUGCAUGAGAGCAAUGUGAUCUGGUGCAGGCUGGUCACAGCGGCGUAUAAUUAUUUCCAUGUGACCAAUUUCUUCUGGAUGUUUGGAGAAGGCUGUUAUCUGCACACUGCCAUAGUACUGACAUACUCUACUGACAAACUGAGGAAAUGGAUGUUUAUCUGUAUAGGCUGGUGUAUUCCUUUCCCCAUUAUUGUCGCAUGGGCCAUUGGCAAGCUGUACUAUGACAAUGAAAAGUGCUGGUUUGGGAAGCGGGCCGGCAUUUACACUGAUUAUAUUUAUCAGGGUCCCAUGAUUCUGGUCCUACUGAUUAACUUCAUUUUUCUUUUCAACAUUGUGAGGAUCCUGAUGACUAAACUGAGGGCCUCCACCACCUCAGAGACAAUUCAGUACAGGAAAGCAGUAAAAGCCACACUGGUUCUGCUGCCUCUGCUGGGCAUCACAUACAUGCUGUUCUUCGUCAACCCUGGCGAGGAUGAGAUCUCACAGAUUGUCUUCAUUUACUUCAACUCUUUCCUAGAGUCCUUUCAGGGCUUUUUUGUGUCAGUGUUCUACUGCUUUUUGAACAGUGAGGUCCGCUCAGCUGUUCGUAAGCGGUGGCAUCGCUGGCAGGAUAAACACUCCAUUCGGGCGAGGGUGGCACGCGCCAUGUCUAUUCCCACCUCUCCAACGCGGGUCAGUUUCCACAGUAUCAAGCAGUCGUCAGCCGUCUGACCUCAGCAGAAGUGAAGUAUCCAUCCCCGUUUCUUCUGCUCCCGCUCUUUCCGUCCUCAGCUAACCAAUUCACAUCCUCUGCAAAACCCAGGGAUAACAGCUAUGGGCCAAACAGGGUACUGAACCAUGGGAAGGAUGGAGAUACACACAGACAAUGAGAUCCACCAGCUGAACACAAACCACUGUUUCAGGAACAGAUUAGAGCAUCGGUGGUCUCAGUCAGCAAUGGGAGACCGAUGGAAGGAACACGACACACACAAAAGUUGGAUAAAUACAAGCAAAGGGUAUUUAUUUAUAGUUUUAUGUUGCCUCUUCUCCUGCUGAUCUGCUCUUCUAUCUGAAGUCUUCAAUGAUUGGAGACCUUGGUUUAUUCCUAAUGUAUAUCCAAAACGAUAAGAGUAGGAUUAUACACUACAUGGGCAAAAGAAUUUUGAUUAUAAUCAAGACUUGGAUUAAAAUAAUAGCAAAUUACGCAGAAUUCCACCAGCAUUGAAUGGAAAACAUGUAAGAAGGAGGAUAAAUUCGACAGCGUCAGUGGUUUAGAAGUUAAACGCUCAGUAUAUUGGUUUAUGGUUCAAGUGUAGACAAACUUUUGACCAUGUAGAGUAUUAAUUGUAGAUUAUAGGAAUUUCAAAGACAACACCAUAAUCAGAAGCUAAAAAGUCAGUAUUUUCUAAUCGGAAAAAGAACUGAAUAUCAAUGUGAACAUGCAUUAUUGUUCUUGAAUCUUUUGACUCAUUGGGGAUAAAUGUAUGAAGUCGUUCAGAUUGUGACCUUUACCCACUUUCUUUCUUACUCUUCACUUGCUGCUCUUCACGUCAUUGCAGAUAGUAAAAGCUCUGUCUGAUUCUCACAAGUGAACAAGAUCAUUCAACAUGGACACUUUUUGCUUUGAAAAGAUGAGUGCUUUUAUUGCUGCAAGUACAAGUACGGAAAUUGUUAACAGUUUUUACAAAGAUGAAAGGUACAUGUUAAUGCUCUCUAAGCCUGUUUGCAUCCUGGGACUCAAGGAUAUAUCGAAACCCAGGGGGGAGAAAGAGGAAGGAAGCGGGAACAGGAUCCUGAAAGACUGUCAUCAUGCCUGCUAAGGUAGAAAAUGGCACGCUCCGAUGCUAAACACAUAACACAAUCUUUUAAAUAAGAGGUUUAUCACAGAACAAAGAAAGGAUUUGAUUUUAUCCUACAAUCGGAGCCUCAACCAAGCGGGAGAUUGAAUGUAUUUCAAUUAACGACUCCAGUGCUUUUCCAUGCACAUUUUCAUAGAAAUUCCCAGAUGUUGAGCAGGAAAUUGAAAUGAUCAUAGUGCUAAGUGUGAAAGUUGGAGACUCUGUCAAAAAAAGAGAGUAGUUCUAAUCACACAUGACUGGAGGUUGUGGGUGGUUUUCGUUUGCACAGCCUUAUGGGGACAGUUCAACCAAAAAAAUGACAAUUCUGUCAUCUUUUACUCGCCCUCAUGUUGUUCAAAACCUGUAUAAAUUUAUUCAAGUAAAGACUUCAGUUUUUUUCUUAAUAUAAUAUGAGUUGCACCAAUGCACAGAUCUUUUUUCACAUGUAGUAUAGUUUUUUUCCCCAUCUGUGACUGCCAGUGUUUCUUUCAUUUUCAAAUUCAAUCCUGCAUGAAAUUACAGCUGUUAAUCCAGGUAUUUGCAGCAUGUAGCUAGAAGCUUGAGAAGUAUUACUUUUAUAUAAUUUGCAAGUGAGGAAAGAGCUCUAGAGCUGCAUGAUUAAUUGUUAAAAGAUUGCAAUCGUGAUUCAAACACCCAUGCAAACGUAUCCCUAAAUUAAAGCAAUUGUCAUAUAUCUAAUAAACCCUUGAUAGGUAAAAUCACAUGAGUAUAUUCAAAUCUGCUUUGCCCCAGAGAGUGUAGAUGGCAUACCAUAUGGUUAUGAAACAACUUUAGUCUUCUAAUAUGGAAAUAUUUUUGUAUAUACCCAGCAGGCACACAACAUUAUAUGAUGUAGGUAUUUGGUUAUAUAGAUGUCAGAGGAGCUAAAUUUUAUGUCAGUUUAACAUCAAAUGACGUAACAAUAAGACGUCCAUACUGUCAGUAUAACAUCAGUAGACGUUGAUCUUUGGUUGAUUUUAGGUUGUGGAAAUAACUAACCAAAGUCCAACGUCAUCUUAAUGUCAUAAUGUGACUUCCACACACUGUCAAAGUCUAACAUCAGUAGACAGUGAUCUUUGGUUGGUUUAAAUUUGUGGCAUUACCUAACCAAAAUGCAACAUCUGCCUGACGUCUGUCUGACGUUGGGUUCUGAUGUCAACACAAUUUUCAUUUCCAACCAAAAUCCUGACGUCAUGUUGACGUCCUGUGCCUGCAGGGUAUGUUUAUGGAAGUUCAUGUUCGGAUUUUAUAUAUACACUCUCAGAAAUAAAUGUACAGAAUCUGAACAGGUCCUUAAAGGUACAUAUUAAUACCUAAAAAGUACCUCAAUAGUACAGAAGUGAACCUUAACCCUUUAACUGCCUGCUCUACCAAAUAGUUGACUGUAUUUUGACUGUUUUAAAUAAUGACUGUUAAAGUCAUUUAAAGAAUGACUGUUUUAAAUAAUGG